AUGACGUACGGGCUAGCAAAAAAAGAAUACAGACCCGUGCAAUCGCACUUCCUUGCUGCCUGGCGCAGCCCGCCACCGCUGCGGCCGCCGCUGCCGCUCCUGACCGUCGGAACACACGCAGCACGCAUGUGGCAGGGCGUCAAGAACGGACUCGGAUGGACGGUCACGCAAGCCAUAGUCACCGCCGCUGCGACUGUGCCGCUAGUGCUCGCUGAGGAUAUCAGCUCGAUCUUCGUCGUCGGACCCAUCGUCGAGCUGUUCCUCAUACCCGGAGUGCUGCUCGUGCGGAGGUACACCUCAAAAGCUGUGCAGGUCGAGGAUUGCACCAACGUUUGCAUCGGCGAUGCGGGAGAGCCUCCAGUGCCUGAGCCGCCGACCCGGAAGGCUGGCGGCGGCAAUGAGAGAGAGCCUCCCUUCUCUGAGCGGCUGACCCGAAAGGCGAGAGAGCCUCCCUUCUCUGAGCGGCUGACCCGAAAGGCGUCUACUGAGCCCCGCGACCAGCCACUGGUCUACCUGCUAGUCGUGUCAAAGCUCAGCUCAGCCCUGAGAGUGCACGGCGCACCGGCUAUGCUCACGAAGCUCUUCGACCCCGCAUGCCGCCUCAGCCUGCUCGACACUGGCGUCCUUGAGGUGGUCGAUCCCGCCUCGACGCACUUCGCGCUGGUCUCGUACCGGCAGCACCGCGCCGGGCCAGGCAACGACGGGCAGCUCUCGACGGGGCCGACGCUGGACUCUGCCGCCCUCGCCUCGGUCGUCGAGGUGGCAGAGCAGGCCGGCCUCCGCGGCCUGUGGCUGGACGCGCCGUGCUACCGCGCCGGCGUCGAGUACGAUCACGUGCACUUUUGCAACACGCUGAGCGCCGUGACGCAGUGCUGCAGCGAGGUCAUCUGGUUGCCGCGCGCGAGUCAGCGCGCACUCGGCGACUAUCAGUUCCGGCUCUGGUGCACGUUCGAGGCGGCCGUCGUCGAGGAGCGGCAGCUUCCUGUCCGGCUUGCGGGCGUCGGUCUGUCGCUCAGCCAGCGCAUGCUGCUGGCGCUCGGCAAGCGGACGCCGUGGCUGCCCGGCGUGGCCCACUCGUGCGACAUCACCGACCUGAGGAUCGCCAACGCGUCCAUCUUGCUGUGGAUCGUGCUCUGCUGGCCAGUGGCGAUCGUCUACGAGAUUCUCCUGCUCGACCUGUUUUCGACGGCAUGGGGCACUCAGGUCUCGCUCGCCAGCUCGGGCCAGGCGGUCCUCCUUGCGAUGACGCAGGGGAUGCGACACGCCGACGCGCGGGCGAGGCGCUCGUUGGCAGAGCCUGCGCGGCUGACGGCGACGCGAGCCGGCCUCGCCCCGAAGGCGGGCGAGCUGCUGCUUCGCAACGCGCUGCCAUGGCUGCCCGCCUACGACCGGCGCGAUAGCCUCGUUGUGCUCGAGGCGCUCGACGCGCUCACCGACCGUCGCUCCGACAAGGCGUACGUGCAGGGCGUCGCCUUCUCCGCCUACUUUGCGGCGCAAAAGUCGCCGUCGGCGGGCGAUGCGGUGGGCGGCAAGAGCUUGUGCGAGUGGCUGCAGGAGAAGUCGCUGCUCCCACUGCUGCGCGGCCGCGCGGGCGACGAGGGGCCGGCGACCAUGCCGCUGUCCGUGCUGGCUGCGCUCGGUUGGAUCUGGCAGCGCGGAGCGUCGCACCUGCUGCGCGCGCCCGUCGGUUCGCUCCUCUUCCCGCCGACGGGUCGGUGGGAGUGGGACCUGCGCGAGCGGCGGGUGGUCGCCGACACGCCGCGGUGGCUGAAGCACCUGACCAUCUCCGGUGGGCUGCUCCUGUGCAGCUUGGCGUGGUGGACGCUCUGCGCGGUCACUGUCUUCUACACGUUCCACCCAGAGCUCCAGCUGGUGGACGGCCUGUCGCUGGGCUGGACGGUGCUCACCCUGAGCUGGAUCGUGCUCCUCGUGCUCCUCUGCCUCCACUGCGCCUGCCACCAGGGCUUGCAGCUCGCGACCGGGCUCGUGCCGCACAGCGAGCUCUCCCUCCGCCGCCUGAGCCCGACGGGCUACAGCAUCAGAGGGAUCAUGCUCAUGAUGGCGACGGUGCAGCCCCUCUUCUUCGUCUUCAUCUACAUGGUGGGCUUCUUCCCCAUCGCGGUCAUGGACAACCUCAACCCCGCCGACGGCUGCACCUGGCCGAGCCUGCUGUUCUUCAACCUCGCCUACUCGACGGUGCCGCCGGGAAGGGCGCUGCUUGUGAGGGGCUGGCAGCUGGCGGUGGUCCUGUACAACAUCCGCGCCGGCACCGAGGCGGCGACCAUCGCCUACCACAUGUGGAGCCGAGGCGGGCGGCAGACGUUGUGGCCGCGGGACGAGGCUGCGGCUCGGACGCCGGUGGUAAAUGUGUUGUGAGGGAGCUGCCAAUCUCUGCCAUACCACACAGGGGGAGAACCGACGCGAGAAGGCGAGAGUGGGGUCUGGUCUCGAGCACUCUGUUCCCAGGACUGCUUUUUUGUCGAAUGCCGUGUAACCUGCGCAGCGUAACCCGUGUAUGAAUUUGCUUUCGUGUACGAAAGUUCACUGGUCUUUUAGUGCGUAUA